AUGGCAAAUGACCCAGGUCGCCAGCUCCUCGAAGACCAGAUACAGACCAGUGGUUUCUUGUUUCUUGAAGACUAUCUAGAGAAUAUCUUGGCUAGACCCAGACACGAUGCUAUAUUUGAAUUUGUCAAAACGCCUGCACGCAGGAAAGACGUGUCCAAGAGAGCGAAGACUGCCACCACUGCUCCAUCUAAGGCAAAGUCUAUUAUCACCAUGGACUUGGAUGAUGAGGAUUCCGAUAAGGAAAAUGCUCCUGCCGUCAAACCAGCGACUAGCAAUGCGUUCCAUAAGGCUCUCUUGCAAGCCAAAGGCGCGAACUCGACUAAAUUGCAAGAGCAAUCGUCAAGAAAUGCAUCAGCAAAAGCUGACUGUGUAUAUCCAGUGAAGCCGACUUCGUCGAAGAAGGAAUCUGGCAAGAAGACCACAGUCGUGCCUGUCCUCAGCGCUCCUCUAGCGGAUGUACUAACUGACGAGGAAGAGGAAAAGGAAGGAGAGAUUACAGAGGAAGGAGUGACUUCUCAUUCUGCGAUACCUUCCUCGCAGGCCCAUGAAUCGAGUUCAGCGGCAUCCAUUAUGCCUGUAGAUUCAGCCGAUCAACAGGAACCACCAGACGAGCGGAUAACGCAGCUUUCUGUUAUUGCGGAAGACGAUGAGCCGCCAGUGCAUACGACUAGUUCUACCGAUAAACCUUCUGCCGAUGCUUCAGCGGCUGCCAACCAUUCUUCAAGCAAGAACGAAAGAAGCUCAAAGCCACGACUAAAGCGGUCACCACCCAAGAUCGACAUGACCGCCGUCAUGGAUAUCGACGAUAUCACGCAAACAACUAACUUCACUAUGACAUCGGCGUCCACACAGUCGUUACAAACAGCUCCGCUUGACCCUUUGGCGCCAGCGCCGCCGUCGAUUUCAGAACCGUUUUCUCAAAUGCAGGUAUCUGACGCGGCCAGUGUGCAACCCGACUCUCUCAAUGCACAAUCCUCUACUUCACAAGAUCGUGAACACACAUCAGCUCCGUUACCAAUAAAUGAGACGGGAUCCGAGGCUCUCCAACAGAGUCAGCCAACGGAAGCGAGCGCAGUCCAAAUGGCGAACGUUUCGGAAUUUCCAACUAUUGGACCCCCCUCUCCACUGCGCAAAUCGAUGCGAGCGCCCAGAGAGCCAUUGACGGCCAAGGCGCAUGUUCCACCUACCACGAAAUCAGCAGGUACCCGUUCAUCCUGGCUGGUGAAGGCCAGGGAGGCCAAAGCGCAAGAGGACAACGCGAAAAAGUUGAACCCACUACCAAUCUUUUCUCAUCAACCUGCAACGGGUAGCAAGCGAAAAAGUGGGGAGAUGCUUGACAAUGAGCCAGGCGGUAUUUUGGAGCAUGGUGACGCAGGCCAUACGCAGAAGCUAACAAAGAUCAUUGAGACGUCCCCUGUCUUAUCCAUGCUCAAGAACAAAGGAAAGCACCCAUUUGGCUCACUGCAGGAUGAAGCAGAUGCCGUUGCCAAUAACGAAGCACAUGAGGUUGAGGGUUCUGACGGCAUGAUCAACAAGCUUAAAAAGACUGUGGCUGGCUUCAGCGCGAGAGCUGGUAAAAGCAUGGGCAAGUCACUCGGCGGUGCGGCAGCCACGGCACUUGCAGAAGCAAGAGCAGCUGCUGAGGCUAAGAUUGCUGAGCGACACGCUGCUGAAGGCCGAACUUUCCCAAUACCUCCUACGGCAGCUUCCCAUGAGCCAGAUGGAUCGACAUCAACAGCCCCAGCUCUUGCACCCGCUGCUGACGAGCAGGCGUCUUUGAAUCAGAUGGAGACGGCGCAGACGCACCCGUCAAAUGAGAAAGAUCGUCGACUGAGUGUCUCCGACCUUGUCACCAAACAAGAUUCGAAGAGAGUCGAACAUGCGCGUGUCUUUAAACCGCCUGCGAAACAGCCCCUUGAAGCAGCGGCCACUUCGGGUAAGAAUAAGGUUGAGGCUGACACCAGUACGUCAACCACUCCUCCAAACUCACCGCCUAAAGUACGGGUACCAGCAUUUACGGUGCCAGACAAACCGAAGUUGCCACCGCUACCAGCGUUUUUCCCUCCUCCCCCAAAUCAAGUAUUUACUCGACUUGAACCAGAACCUUUUGCUCCUCGCAUUGCGCAGCCUCUGUCUAGUCAAUCGACACUGUUUUCUACACAGUCUGUAUUUGCCGACCCCAUAUUUGAUCACGAAAUACCUCCAUGGGUACCGUCAACGCAGGAUACAGACUUCUGUGAUCAUCUGCCAUCCCAGAAUGCGGCAACCAAGGACGAUCACUGUGAGGUGACAGAACCAGAGACGGACAUUGAAGCAGACGAAAGCUGGCAUCUAGAUGAAAAAUUCGGGGAGACUUGGACACCCGUCGCGAUUCGCAUGAACGACAGUGUAACCUGGAGUACCGCACCGAGUCGAAGCACUCGCAGCGCCGAUACUGGGCCUUUGGAUGCCUCAACUGCUCCUUCACGUCUCCAGUCUAGCUCUACACAGGAUUUUCAGGAAGGGAACAACCGGGUGUUUGAUGCCAUACCAUCGGACAACCCGCCCGCAACUACCACGGAUGAAAUUGAAGAAGACGACAUGGACGUCGAGCCUGAUGAAGACAUCGCGAGCAUUCGGCUCGUAACUCCGAUUACGCAACCCAGCACUGGCUCAUCCUCUGCCCUUCCAGGCACUGCGUUAUCCCAAAAUAAUCAGGCGGGGACGAACAGUACCGGUGGAUUUUUCAGUUCGGCUUCAAGGUUGGUGUCAAGUGUGUUGGGUGGAAGUAAGAAAGGGAAGGAGCCUGUAAAAAGCCUUCAACUUGCUGCGGCUGCUGCUAAGAAGCAAGAGGAAGCAGAGAGGAAGGCUAAUAGGCUCAAGGAGAUGGAAGCACGUCGUCAGCAGGUGCUACAGAAGAAGGCUGAAGAGGACAGGGCUCGCGAGGUGAAGAAAGCAAGGGACGAGACAGAAAGGUGGAAGCGUGAGCGCGAGAAGGAAGAAACGACAGAAAAGAAAAUAUUCAAACAACUGGGUAAAAAGUUUGAAGAUGAAGCGGCGAAGAAACGGAAGGUCGCGGAGACCGACAAGAAAACUGAACCGAAGCCUCCCAAGGACAAGAAGGAUGGUCCUAUGUCUAAACUCAGCAAAUUCGUUCCUGCCAGUUCGCAGUCUGGUCCCAAUGUGUCGGGCGUAACGCCAGGUGCAGCACCAAAGCCAGUGAAGCAGGGUACAUCGGUUGCCAUGCAGGGAUCCACAGUUAAAGCACCGGGUGCUCCGAACGACACAAAGCUUCCAUUAGCAAGCAAGGCCAAAGAGAAGAGCAAAGAACUGGACGUGAGACAGCCCUCACAGACCGCGCAGUCUCAUCAGAUGAAGACUCAAACGCGUCUCCAAGCCUAUCCUGAGGACUCGCGAAGAACGGAGUCUCCACCGCCCCAGGUCCCUACAGAGUCGAUUGAACUCCCUGACAUCAACAGUGAAUACUCUAAUUCUGACGAUGAGAACCGAGUACGGACGUUUGACCCGCCAGAAUGGGCUCAGUCCCCUGAAUUACGCGAAGCAUUACAGUCCCAGAGUACUGUUAAUCCGGAUGAUAUAUUUGGCGCAAUCAGGCCACUGAAGAUGGAGGAACUUUUCAAGAAUAGGACAAGCCGUUUCCGAGCGAGGACCAGUUCAGCUAACUGGGCUGGGCCGGAUGGGUUAACUAUCCAGGAAGAAAGGGAAUACGCAAGGCGGAUGGGUUACAAAAAGUAG